CUUUGGCCUGGUCUUUCUUCUCCCCGCUUAUCCACCGACUUGCCUGGCUUUCUUUUUCCUCUUUCUUCCACGACUGCCCUCACACUGCCAUCUUGUGCUUCUACACUAUCAUCUUCUCUAGUAGCUAUCAUAUACCUCCGGUUCCUUGCAGGCACACGGGGACAAAAUAUACCGGCGAACCAACAAUCGGCGCACCAACUCUCCUCCCCCUGUGGUAGAUCCUAUUUCCAUUCCCCUGCACGCGAUAUCCCCGGGCGGGUUCCAGAGAGAAAGGUCUUGGCAACUCCACUCUCUGUAACAAGAGAUAUCUGGGCACCACACCACGUAUAAACCAAUGACCUCGCCAGCAGGCGGUUCCCCAGCGACAUCGCGCAGCAAGGGGCAUCUCCGCUGGCUGCACCGGCCCAAAUCGAAAGAUGCAGAGACUCCUGUGACCGCCAUGCAUGCACAGGCGGCCAACAAGGCGAGUGGCCGCGUCGCCAUGAAGCUGGCUGAGCGGGCGGUGACGAUCACGCGGCGGAUAUCGUUCGGAAAGAGCCGAGCUCUGACCGAGGCAGCACUGGCUCUGCCGCCCACCGCCGUCCGGACCCCAGUCAUCGGCAAGGCAGCCCCGGGCGAGUGCUCCCGCGAGCCAUUGCCGGCCCCAGCACCAGGGGCUGCAGUACUGGCGAACCCUGUGGAUGCCGAGACCAGGGCGCGCGCACACCGGCAAAGCACCGUGAGCAGCCGCCGAAGCGACAGUUCAGCCGGCAUGAGCGACACCGACUCGGGCGCUGGGCAGAGCUCAAAGAGCUGGCGUCGGCUGUGGCAGAUAUUCCCCGACGCCCCAUGCUCGCCCAGCAUUGCCGACUUUGCCUGCACGCUGGACCACGCCGGCGUGCGCUGGUAUGGCCGCCUGUUUGUCACCGACCAGUACCUUUACUUUGGCGGCACCUGGGCUGUCGCUGGGCCACGCCAGUUACGCGUCUGGCGAGCGGUCGCGCCCAUCGACCAUGUCGCGCCCAUCAAGCGCUGGCAGCGCGACGUCCAUCAACUCGGCGGUGGGAUACUCGCGCCCCCAGACGCCAUUGAGCCAGCACUACACCCAGCCGUCGUCUCAAACAUAUCCGCCUGGGAGGACGCCACAAUCAACAAUCCGGAGACCAUCACAAGUCCGACCAAAGUCCGCGCGAGCCACCGACCGUGGCACCGCUCGGCAAUCCGCCUGCCGCUGAGCGACAUCACACGGGUCAGUAAGGAGCUGACCAUGGGGCUGUGGCCCAACGCACUCACUGUGGCCGUUGGCUGCCGCCACUACAUCUUCACCAACCUGAUCCGCCGCGACAAGGCGUACCAGCGCAUCUUCGAUGCCUGGAUGAGCGUGCAGCUGUGCAGCGACGACAGCGAGACCCGCUCAACCUACAUUUUCAUUCCGAACCUCAACGAGAGUUCUGCUGACAUGGUUACAUCCCAGGUGCCCGCCCGCCGGAAUGCCUCGCUGGAUGUCAACCGCGGCCGCCCAAAACUGCACCGCCAGAGACCGCGCCGUGCAACUGACGUCAAGGACCCGGUGAUGCUCGAGCGAAUCGACAGCAAGAUGGACAUGGCUGUGCGUACUGUGUCGUUUUUGGAGGAGACCGAGGAUAUCCCCCAUGCGGCCUUUGCUGGCGAGUCGCCGAAGCGCUCCAGGCAGCCCAAGGCUCCUGAGAUCAGCAAUCCCAGGCCUCCAUCGCCGCUAGGAAUUUUGUCUCCCGAUGCGUCUCCACCGGUCUCUGAGCGCCGGCGCCGGCGCGUGGCAUCGGACGCGACCGUUGUUGGCGAUGUUUCGCAGCCCAUGCGCGUGCCCAAUAUUGAUACGUCGCCGACGAUCCCUGAAGACGCCUCGUCGAGCACAUCAGAUAUCACGCCAGUCGAUGAGCCUGCCGAAUCUGCCGAAAAGCUAUCGACCGAGCGCUUGCGCGAGCUGCUGAUCCAGCUGUUCGAGUCCGUGCCGCCGCGCGACGAGUUCUCCGACUCAGGUUGUCGGCUGGUUCAUGAACCCCCGCGACAGCCAGCCUGAGGACCUACUGGUGGCACCCGACCCAAUCACAUCGCUCUACCUGUCCUGGGUCUUGGCUCACCC